GGUAAACGCUCUAUUUCAUCAUUUUCAUUGAAAGCCCUGCAACAAAUGAGACCCACUCUUGUGGGCCUUCUGAAAAUACGAUAAAGCCACAAGUAAAACAAAAUCUUCCUAAUUAAAGCGCAUUUAUGGGCAAGUCUUGUCUUAAUCCUCUCAGCUUCUGUUCUCUACGUUUCUUCUCCAGGUGCUCAACCCAGAUUGCCUCUGACUAUAUAGUUAACCCGACACAAGAUUUCACAAACCUGUGUUCAAGAGGACUCCUUAUAGAAGCUUUCAACACAUUCAAAUCUGAAAUAUGGUCAGACCCGAAUCUCUUCUCUCACCUCAUCCAAUCAUGCUCACUCAAAAAUUCUCUUUCAUUAGCAAAACAACUUCAUUGCUUGAUCGUCACAUCUGGAUGUUCAUCAGACAAGUUCAUUUGCAAUCAUCUUCUCAACAUGUAUUCCAAACUUGGGCAAACACAAACAGUUGCUGCUUUGUUUGGAAUCAUGCCCAGGAAAAAUAUCAUGUCUUGUAACAUUUUGAUUAAUGCCUAUAUGCGAAUUGGUGAUUUGGAAAAUGCUCGAAAAGUAUUUGAAGAUAUGCCUGAGAGGAAUAUCGCCACAUGGAAUGCUAUGGUUGCGGGUUUGAUUCAGUUUGAGUUUAAUGAGGAGGGUUUGAGAUUGUUAAGUGAAAUGCAUCAAGGUGGGUUUUUGCCUGACGUGUUUACUCUUGGUAGUGUUUUGAGGGGGUGUGCUGGUUUGAGAGGGUUAUAUGCAGGGCGGCAAGUUCAUGGUUACGUGGUGAAAUGUGGGUUUGAGAUGUAUCUGGUUGUUGGGAGUUCAUUAGCUCAUAUGUAUAUGAAAAGUGGAAGCUUGGAUGAAGGAGAGAAGGUGAUUACAUCGAUGCCAAUUCGAAAUGUGGUUGCUUGGAAUACACUCAUUGCGGGAAAAGCUCAAAACGGGUUUUCUGAAGGUGUUUUGGAUCAGUAUAGUUUGAUGAAAAUAGCAGGUUUUAGACCUGAUCAGAUUACGUUUGUGAGUGUAAUAAGUUCGUGUUCUGAUCUGGCGACAUUAGGUCAAGGUCAGCAGAUUCAUGCUGAAGUGAUUAAAGCUGGUACUGGUUCAGAAGUUGCAGUGAUUAGUUCGUUAAUUAGUAUGUAUUCAAGAUGUGGUUGUUUGGAGGAUUCAGUCAAAGCUUUCUUGGAAUGUGAAGAUCCAGACAAUGUUGUCUGGAGCUCAAUGAUUGCUGCAUAUGGAUUUCAUGGACAAGGAGAGGAAGCUGUCAAAUUAUUUGAGCAGAUGGAGCAGGAAGAAAGGGAAGCAAGUGAUGUUACUUUCUUGAGCUUGCUUUAUGCUUGUGAUCAUUGUGGAUUGAAGGAACAAGGAUUGGAAUUCUUUGAUUUGAUGGUAAAAAAGUACGGAGUGAAGCCUAAACUAGAACAUUAUACAUGUCUGGUUGACUUACUUGGUCGAUCUGGCUGUUUAGAAGAAGCAGAGGCUCUAAUAAGAUCAAUGCCUGUAAAAGCUGAUGCCAUCAUAUGGAAGACAUUGUUAUCUGCCUGUAAAAUUCACAAAAAUGCAGACAUGGCAGUAAAAAUUGCUGAAGAAGUUCUGAGACUUAAUCCUCAGGAUUCGGCUUCUUAUGUGCUUCUUUCAAACAUUCAUGCUUCUGCUAGGAGAUGGCCGGGCGUUUCCCAGGUGAGAAAAGCCAUGAGAGAUAGGAACGUGAAAAAGGAACCUGGUAUAAGCUGGUUGGAGAUAAAGAAUCAAGUUCACCAGUUCUGUAUUGGAGACAAAUCUCAUCCAAAUUCAAAGGAGAUCGAUUUGUAUUUGGAUGAACUAAUGGCAGAGAUGAAGCUGCAGGGCUACGUACCUGAUACAGGUUCAGUUUUGCAUGACAUGGAUAACGAAGAAAAGGAGUAUAAUUUGACACACCAUAGCGAAAAGUUGGCCAUUGCAUUUGGUCUAAUGAAAAUGCCUGCAGGUGCACCAAUUAGGGUGAUGAAGAACUUGCGCGUCUGCAGUGAUUGCCAUAUUGCUAUUAAGUACAUUUCAAAGAUGAAAAACAGAGAAAUUAUUGUUAGAGAUGCUAGUAGAUUUCAUCAUUUCAAAAAUGGGAAAUGUUCAUGUGGAGAUUACUGGUGACAAGGUAAACGCAUUGCUCUCAUACUUGGUUUCUGAUUUAGAAGAUGAAAUUAUUCUCUAACUACUAUCACAUCCUUAUCCAUGAUUUUCUUCAUUAAGCCUUAUAUGUAAAACUGUUAGGAAGAACUUGGAAAUUGUUAUGGAUUUUCAAUUUUGAAAGAAAAGGAACAUAUUUGAUAUGUUUGUAAAAUGACA